AGUAGGAGAAGAAGAAUUCCGGAAGUUGUUUCGCCGUUUACUUCCUUACCGAAGCAUAGCCUUUAGCUUUUAGCUGCCAAUAACCACAGCGGAUAUUAGUCCAGAACAAUCCUCAUAUUUUAGCCUCUAACCUGGAAGGUGACAUGUCUGGGUCCCUAAAGCUGCGUCUGUUCGUCACUCAGCGGCUGAACGCGGUGGUCGAGGAGAUUCUGGCGGCUUUUGAGAAAACCAUCGUGAAGUAUGAAGAGGAAGCUGUUCUCAGUCAGCAGGUGAUCUCCCGCCAGCAUGCGCUGCUCUGCGCACUGAACAAACCCAUGAUGGACGCAGCGACCGCAGAUGUCCUCACACAACAGCUGCUGUUGCCCAAAGACGACCUGUCCCUAAACCAUCAGGACCAGAACCUGGACCAUAGCAUGGUUCUUGAGCCUUCGCAUGUUGAAGAAAAAGAAGAAGAGCAUCUCCAAGCUCUGGAUGCAGCUGAGAUAAUUGAGUUCACUUACAAUUCCAGGCCAUCUGUGAAGCUACGUGAGAAUUAUCAGUCAUUAGCUGAUCCAAGACCAGUAGAGCUAGGUCAGAACCUCCCAGUGGUGUUGUCAUCUGAGACCGAAGACAGCGACGACUACAGUAAAGACGCUGCCGACACUAGACCGCCUUCACAGAAACAACUGGGCUCUCAUAGACCAAGAGACGGCUUCAGCUGCCAGGCUUGCAGCCGAGCCUUCGGCGCUCGCAGGUUUCUGUUCAGACACGUCAGAGCUCAUGUCCAGGAUCCAAAGCCAGUCUGCGGUCUGUGCGGGGAGCAGUUUGAGGGCGCUAACGGACUCAAGGUUCACCUCCAAACCCACAUGAGAAAGAAGGUGCUGCAGAAUCAAGCCAAGACCUGGAGCAGAGAGAGGCGACUUCAGCAGCUCUCUGAUUUCAACCAAAGCGUCAACGUCCAGGAAACACAGAAACCAGAGGACUCAAGCCAGACUCUCCUGAAGAAGAGGCGUAGGGGUCGACCUCGGAAACACAAAGCAGACCCGAAUAAUCAGAAAGUAAUCAAAAAAAAGAAGAGGACAAUCUAAACCUGGCUUUCAAUCAAAUUUUUACUCCAUGUGUUUCACCUACUUGGUUUUGUUCUAACUUAAUGUACAUUUUUUUAAAUGUUAUUCUCUGUUCUUUAAUUUAUUUGCUGCAGUCAUUCUUUUAUACUUUCUUCAACUUUUCAGUCGUAUUGGCAGCAGCUGCAAUCCAUGAAUACGUUUUUGCCGCAAAGUAAAAAAGUGAAUCCUAGGAGCUUCGGGACUUAAGUAGACAGAUGGUAGCAAAAUGUUUCUGACUUUAAGGAUGAGAAACGCUGAUGAGCCACAGUAACUAAAACUUCACCAGAAAGGAAAACAGCUACUGUUUCCAAACUUCUGCCUGAAAUUCAAGAGCUACGAUGUCACCAUUUUUCUUUCCAUUGGGAAAUUGAUUUUCUUAUGCUUUUACUUACUAAAACACCUACAUAAGUUCUGUGCGUGUUGUUUCAGGUUAGCUAAACGGGUUUGAAAAUGAAGAUUGAAUUGAUGCAGUGAAAAUUUGGUUCUACAUUAAAAACUUUUAUAACAAGCAAA